AGUGUUCUGACUGUGCUCUGUGUAUUCACCAUUCAUCUCACCUGUAGUAAACUGGUCAUAUGAAUCCAGAGCGAGUUCACUGAGACGUUUCUGAGCUUCAACAAAGUUCUUGAUGAAACCUGAAAAUGUUUGUUGUGUCCACGGCAAAUGCUGCUUCAUCCUGAUGUUCAUCUUCUGAUUUUGUCCUCAGGACUGCAGACUGAAGAAGGGCAAAACUCAGAAGAACCUGUCAGGUUGGUGGGAGGACACAGUCGCUGUGCAGGAACACUGGAGCUGAAACAUCUGGGAGAAUGGAGACCAGUGGAUUAUUACUCUCUCUGGACCCUGAAGACAGCAGCUGUUGUCUGCAGAGAUCUGGACUGUGGCUCUGCUGUUUCUGUAGAACAGAGAGAGGAGUCCUCACGCAGACCUGUGUGGAGGAUCAGGUCUGACUGUGUUCAUUCUGGAUCUGCUCUGAGGGACUGUGCAUUAUUAUCAUCUUACUCCUCCUCCAUCCUGAAUCUCACCUGUUCAGACUCUGUCAGGCUGCUGGAUGGGACUAGUCUGUGUUCAGGCAGACUGGAGGUCAAGUCUGACCAGUCUGACCAGCGCUGGUCCUCAGUGUGUGAAGCUGACUUUGACCAGCAGGAUGCAGAGGUGGUCUGUAGGGAGCUCGGCUGUGGGGCUCCUUCAGUCCUCCAGGGGGCGCUCUAUGGAGAAGUGGAGGCUCCAAUGUGGACCAAAGAGUUCCAGUGUGGAGGCCAUGAGUCUGCUCUCCUGGGACUGAGAAGCUCAGGAUCAACUAGAAACACCUGCUCGCCUGGAAAAGCUGUUGGACUCACCUGCUCAGAACCUGUCAGGUUGGUGGCACAUCGCUGUGCAGGAACAUGGAGCUGAAACUCUGGGAGAAUGGAGGCCAGUGGAUUAUUCUCUGUCUGGACCCUGAAGACAGCAGCUGUUGCCUGCAAAUCUGGAGGGCUCUGCUGUUUCUGUAGAACAGAGAAGGAGUCCUGACGAUCUGUGUGGUGGAUCAGGUCUGACUGUGUUCAUUCUGGAUCUCGCUCUGAGGACUGUGCAUCAUCAGGUUCCUCCUCCUCCAUCGUGGAUCUCACCUGUUCAGACUCUGUCAGGCUGCUGGAUGGGUCUAGUCCAUGUUCAGGCAGACUGGAGGUCAAGUCUGACCAGUCUGACCAGCGCUGGUCCUCAGUGUGUGAAGCUGACUUUGACCAGCAGGAUGCAGAGGUGGUCUGUAGGGAGCUCGGCUGUGGGGCUCCUUCAGUCCUCCAGGGGGCCUCUAUGGAGAGUGGAGGCUCCAAUGUGGACCAAGAGUUCCAGUGUGGAGGCCCAUGAGUCUCUGUCCCUCGGACACGUAGAAGCUCAGGAUCAACUAGAAACACCUGCUCACCUGGAAAAGCUGUUGGACUCACCUGCUCAGAACCUACUGUCAGGUUGGUGGGAGGACACAGUCGCUGUGCAGGAACACUGGAGCUGAAACAUCUGGCAGAAUGGAGACCAGUGGAUUAUUACUCUGACUGGACCCUGAAGACAGCAGCUGUUGCCUGCAGAGAUCUGGACUGUGGCUCUGCUGUUUCUGUAGAACAGAGAGAGGAGUCCUCAGACAGAUCUGUGUGGUGGAUCAGGUCUGACUGUGUUCAGUCUGGAUCUGCUCUGAGGGACUGUGCAUCAUCAUCUUCCUCCUCCUCCAUCCUGAAUCUCACCUGUUCAGACCUGCUGGUUCAGCCCAACAUCUCUGUGUCCUCCAUGAACGGGGUCUCCGAGGUCCAGCAGCAGGGGUUUCAUGUGUUGUGGGGCUCCACCUUCACCAUCAGCUGCUCCAUCCAGCCACAGUACCCAGGAGGCUCCUUCCAGCUCACCUUCACCUCCUCCACCUCAGCACACAGCUACACCCAGCCAGCUGUCAAUCACUCUGCCCACUUCCUGUUUCCUGUUGCAGAGCCCGCCCACACAGGAAGCUACAGCUGUGUUUAUCACGUCUCCGUUUCUUCUCAUAAGUUCUCCUCUGAGAGCCGUCGGCUCGCUCUCACUGGCUCAGCUCCAACAGUUCACAUCAGCAGAUGGGUCGUCGUGCCGCUGACUCUGCUGUUGGGGAUCACUGCCGUCUGUUUCUACUACAAGGCCAGCAGGGGGCAGAAGGCGGGCAGACAGGAGAACAUUGAGCUGGUCGACAUGAACGUGGCUGUUGGUGCAGCUGAAGGACCGACUGCAGAGGAAGGAGCUCAGGGAGCAGAGUAGGACCUCCAAGGAGCUCCUCCACAUCCACAUGGAUUGGACGUGUUUAUACUCGUGUUCUCUUUAAACUGUCAGGUUGGAAUUGUUCCAUUAAAUGAUGGACUGUAUUUUUCUGACUGCCAACAUGAAAACACAACAACAUGUUAGUCUGUCUGUCUGAAUACUUUCUGACUUCCUGCCUGCUCUCAGCUCCAAGCCCAUUGGUUCCUCUGAAGACGUCCAUCUUUAGAAGCUCCUCACAAAUAUAUAGCUGUGGUGACCGAAUGUAUCCGUGACACUGUUAACCUUGAACUGAACUGUGUUUUGCUGUGCUCUGUGUAUUUUGAGGAAUGCGACCACAGAUUGUAACUUUUCUAUCUCACAGCUGUGACUUGCCGCCUGCUGAGAGUUGGGUAGCAAACUCCGUACGAGGAGUUCUUGUGAUAACCUUCAGGGCUACAGAUAAGGCUCAGACUCACAUUACGGGAAGAUUCACUUGUCAGGCUUGGGAACAACUGAACUUUAGUUUCUUGUCAUCAAGUUAAAGGUUUCCGAUCACGUCAGAUGCAGGACAGGAACUGUAUAAAUGUAAAUGACUUUUAUUCCUCUGUGUCAGACUCUGAACCUCUUUGUGUGUGAGGACCUCUGACCUUUCCACUGAAAUACUUUGACUUUGUACUCUGAGUGCUGUUCUUUGGAAUAAUGGCAGUUCUUUGCUCAUUUAGUCUUAAUCAGUUAAUCUUCAUUAAUCAUUUAAUCUUAAUCAUGUUAUUCUAACUCUGUUGAAUAAAUCAAAGACAAUA